UAUCAAAGCGCACCUCGGCAGCUAAUCGGCAACCAGUGCAGUCACCCAGCACAUCGCCUGGAAACCACCGCCGACAUCCAAUUCUCGCACCACCAACUUGUGACGAGGCAUUGGCACCGCUAUCGAGCAUCAAUUGGCACGAAUCCUCGCCGCACCUCAACUUUCUUCGACUGUGUUACCAACAGACAAGCCGCAUCCCGACGACCAGCGACCGUCCAUACCGGUUCUCAACCCCAUACUUGAUACGCGAACGUUUACCGUCAUCAUGUCGGCAAAUUCCCACGAGACAAAUGUCCGGUGCUCAUGUGAAGCUGCGAAGAACUUUGUCGACUGGUACUACCGCCAGGUCAACGAUUGCAAGUCCAUAUCCCCAGGCUACGUCAACGGCCACUCAGCGUACGACAAGGCCGGCCACCCGCCCGCCGACAUCUGCAUCAACGGCCUAGUAGUCGCGACGCCACAGGAAUGGGAGAAGCUGCUCGAGCAACAAAGACAGGCGCCCAAGCAGCCCGACCCGAACAAGAGGCGCGUGCGGUACGAGGUCGAAGGCUUCGACGCGCACGUCAUCAACGCGGACUACCGCUUUGGCGCCCCGCAGAAGAUGCUCGACCUGCACUCGACAACGGACGGCGUGCGCAUGAUGAUGACGGUGGUCGUCUCCGGAACCGUCUACUUCGGGACGGGCAGGAACAAAGCGGAUGAUUAUUGGGAGAAGCAAACCUUUCACGACAGGUUCAUUCUGGUGCCGAACUGGGAUGUUCUCGAGAGGCCCGGGACUAAGCAUGGGAGGAAAUAUCUGAUUAUUUCUCACAACUACCGGGCAAACUAGGUUGGUCGGGGGAGACAUCUGUUGUUUUCUCACACGGCCCCGCCCAAACUGGGAGCGGCGGUGGCGCUGUGGUUCAAUGGUUAGGAAAAUGCAUCGCGGAGUUCAUUAGGCCCUUCCUUUACAGAGGGCUGUGGGAGAGGCGUUAGGUAUACCAUCAGCGUUGAGGGUUGGUUAAAAUUGAAUUCAUUUGAUCCAGCGGAUAUGAGAAAAC